CCACUGGUCCAGGCGAUUUUCAGUGGCGAUCCAGAAGAGAUACGGAUGUUGAUCUACAAAACUGAGGAUGUCAACGCCUUGGAUGCCGAGAAACGAACUCCUCUUCACGUUGCGUCAUUCCUGGGGGAUGCAGACAUCAUUGAGCUGCUCAUUUUGUCAGGCGCUCGUGUUAAUGCUAAGGACAAUAUGUGGCUGACUCCUCUCCAUCGAGCAGUUGCUUCAAGAAGUGAAGAAGCAGUGCAAGUAUUGAUUAAGCACUCAGCUGACGUCAAUGCUCGGGACAAGAACUGGCAGACACCAUUGCACGUGGCUGCUGCAAACAAGGCAGUGAAGUGUGCGGAAGUCAUCAUCCCCAUGCUGAGCAGCGUCAAUGUCUCUGACCGAGGGGGGCGGACGGCAUUGCACCAUGCAGCUCUGAAUGGCCACAUUGAGAUGGUGAACUUGCUCUUAGCCAAGGGGGCAAACAUCAAUGCUUUUGACAAAAAGGACAGAAGAGCUCUUCACUGGGCAGCGUACAUGGGUCACCUGGAAGUGGUUGCCUUGCUGAUUAAUCAUGGUGCAGAGGUGACUUGUAAAGACAAGAAGGGUUACACCCCACUUCAUGCAGCUGCAUCCAAUGGGCAGAUUAACAUUGUGAAACACCUCCUUAACCUGGGGGUAGAGAUUGAUGAAAUGAACGUCUAUGGAAAUACUGCACUUCACAUUGCCUGUUACAAUGGUCAGGAUUCUGUUGUUAAUGAGCUGAUUGACUACGGUGCUAAUGUAAAUCAGCCUAAUAAUAAUGGAUUCACUCCCUUGCAUUUUGCUGCUGCCUCUACUCAUGGAGCACUGUGUCUUGAACUGCUGGUGAAUAAUGGGGCAGAUGUUAACAUUCAGAGUAAGGAUGGGAAGAGCCCACUGCACAUGACAGCUGUCCAUGGGAGGUUCACGCGGUCGCAGACCCUCAUUCAGAACGGAGGAGAAAUUGACUGUGUUGAUAAGGAUGGUAACACCCCUCUGCACGUGGCUGCAAGAUACGGACAUGAGCUUUUGAUUAACACCCUCAUAACCAGCGGAGCCGAUACUGCCAAGUGUGGGAUCCACAACAUGUUCCCUUUACACCUAGCAGCGCUGAAUGCCCACUCAGACUGCUGCAGGAAAUUGUUGUCAUCGGGACAAAAGUAUAGCAUAGUGUCCUUGUUUAGUAAUGAGCACGUGCUGUCUGCAGGCUUUGAAAUAGACACCCCUGAUAGUUUUGGAAGAACGUGCCUCCACGCUGCCGCUGCAGGAGGUAAUGUUGAAUGUAUAAAACUCUUGCAAAGCAGUGGAGCAGAUUUUAAUAAGAAGGACAAAUGUGGGAGGACACCUUUGCACUAUGCAGCUGCAAAUUGUCAUUUCCACUGUAUUGAGACACUGGUGACAACAGGAGCCAAUAUCAAUGAAACGGAUGACUGGGGACGCACCCCUUUGCACUAUGCUGCUGCUUCUGACAUGGACCGAAAAAAGAAUAUUUUAGGUAACUCCCAUGAAAAUGCUGAAGAACUUGAAAGAACCAGUGAGAUGAAGGAAAAAGAAGCUGCAUUGUGUCUAGAGUUCCUUCUGCAGAACGAUGCCAAUCCAUCCAUCCAAGACAAAGAGGGGUACAAUACUGUGCAUUAUGCUGCUGCAUAUGGGCACCGGCAGUGUUUGGAACUGCUUCUGGAAAAAACCAACAAUAUGUUUGAGGAAUCUGAUUCUGCAGCUACGAAAAGUCCUUUGCAUUUAGCUGCCUAUAAUGGUCAUCAUCAAGCCUUGGAGGUACUUCUCCAGUCUCUGGUAGAUCUGGAUAUUAAGGAUGAGAAGGGACGCACUGCUUUGGACCUAGCUGCCUUUAAAGGACAUGCAGAGUGCGUGGAAGCUCUCAUCAGCCAGGGCGCUUCUGUCACUGUAAAAGAUAAUGUCACCAAAAGGACCCCCCUCCAUGCUUCAGUCAUUAAUGGCCACACACCUUGUUUACGGUUGUUGCUAGAAGUUGCAGACAACCCUGACGUGACAGAUGCCAAAGGACAAACCCCACUAAUGCUUGCAGUGGCAUAUGGGCACAUUGACGCUGUUUCUUUAUUACUUGAAAAAGAAGCAUCUGUAGAUGCAGCUGAUCUCCUGGGAUGCACAGCUUUACAUCGAGGGAUUAUGACUGGGCAUGAAGAGUGUGUUCAGAUGCUGUUAGAGAAAGAAGUAUCUAUUUUAUGUAAAGACGCCAGAGGCAGAACACCUCUGCACUUUGCAGCAGCUCGGGGUCACGCCACUUGGCUGAGUGAAUUACUGCAGAUAGCACUUUCAGAGGAAGACUGCAGUUUGAAAGAUAAUCAAGGUUAUACACCGCUGCACUGGGCUUGUUACAACGGUCAUGAAAACUGCAUAGAGGUACUAUUGGAACAAAAAUUUUUCCGCACAUUCUAUGGUAAUAGCUUCUCUCCAUUGCACUGUGCUGUAAUCAAUGAUCACGAAAAUUGUGCAUCGCUGCUCAUCGGAGCCAUUGAUGCCAGCAUUGUCAAUUGCAAAGAUGACAAAGGAAGAACGCCCCUUCACGCAGCAGCCUUCGCGGAUCACGUGGAGUGCCUCCAGCUCCUCCUGAGUCACAGUGCACAAGUGAAUGCUGUGGAUCACGCAGGGAAAACUCCUCUCAUGAUGGCAGCUCACAACGGUCACGUUGGUGCUGUAGACUUUUUGGUCAACAUUGCCAAGGCUGACCUGACAUUGAAAGAUAAGGAGUUGAAUACAUCUUUGCACUUGGCUAGCAGUAAAGGUCAUGAAAAAUGUGCCUUGUUAAUACUUGACAAGAUACAAGAACAGAGCCUUAUUAAUGCAAAAAAUAAUGCAUUGCAGACACCUCUCCAUAUUGCUGCACGAAAUGGCUUAAAGAUGGUGGUUGAAGAGUUGCUAGCCAAAGGGGCGUGUGUCCUAGCAGUAGAUGAAAAUGUUUCUAGGUCAAAUGGACCACGACCCUCCUCUGCAACAGAUGUACAAAAGGAAGAAUGAGACUUUGUAAACAAAAACAAACAAAAAUAAACAAAAAGCUAUCAUGAACUAACCAGCUGUACCAAGAGGACCAAAAUGCUUCAGUAAUUAAAUGGAAGACUUUGCUACUUUUAUUUUUUCUUCAAAUGUGAGUGACAUAAUGAAGUAGUUUUUAUAAACCAUAAAAAUAUAAACUUUUGAGCUAAUGAGUAGUCUUGAGUGAAUUUUACAUUUUAUGACGCAGGUUUCAAGUUGACAUUUGUAACUGAUGAUGUGUUGACC